ACUUGAAAGCUAAACGAUCCACAAGGGUUGCCAACAGGAAAGUUUGAGUAAAACUCGCCUAGAUAGUGGUUGCGAGCUAGCGCUAGCCAGUGACUAAGGUCUGUCAGAGUAUUGCGCAGCAGUUGACGUUAGUGUUCGUGUUUGUGCCUGUUGCGAUUACUUUGAAAGGAGCUGCAAGUUCUGGUUUCUCAAGACAAUUGCAAUGGCUGUAGAAAACACAGCUGAAGAUGUGGGUGCCACCACCCAGGAACGGAAGGAUGUCUCCAGCCUCGUCACUUCACUUGAAACACUCCAGAUAAAAGAGUCAUCCCCGAAUAUUGUUCCAGAGCUAGAAGAAUCAUUUUCACAGAUUAAUCUUGGGAGUGAUGAGAGCAAGACGGAUAGUCUUCAUUUGGAAGAGAAUGAAGAUGCAGAGAGUGCAGCACAUCUAUCCUCCUCCAAGAAAGAGGAGGAGGAGGAAAAAGAAGAUGAAACAGCUGAAAAAGAUGAUGCUCUUUUAGAAGUGAAAGAAACUGUACUGGUAAAGAAAGAAAAAGAAGAUGCAAAGGACACAGAAUAUGGAAAAGCUCCUGCAGGAGAUGAAGAGCAAGCUGAAAAGGAAUAUGUAAUGUUAAAGGAGGAAAAAGAAGAUGCAAAGGACACAGAAUAUGGAAAAGCUCCUGCAGGAGAUGAAGAGCAAGCUGAAAAGGAAUGUGUAGUGUUAAAGGAGGAAAAAGAAGAUGCAGGGGAUGCAGAAGAUGAAAAAACUUCUGCAGGAGAUGAAGAGGAAGAUGAAAAGGAAUCUGAUAAGGAAGAUCAAAAUGAAAAGUUGUUGGACAAAGCCGAUAAACAUAUUGAAAAAAAGGAAGAAUCUGUCAAACCUAAAGAUGAUACUAAAGAAGAUAUGACAAAUUCCAAUGUCAUUAAAGAAGAGGAUGCAACCUCAAAGAGUGAAGAUGAAGAAUCAAGUGAUGAGAAUUACCCAGAAGUAGUUGUCCUGUCUCGGAAAAAGGCAAGCAACAGGCGGGGUCCAUGUGUGAGAGGUCCAGGAGUGCAAUCUAUGCCAAGCUGUAUGAUGUAUACAGGACAACCAAUUGGACUUGACAGUUAUGAUGUGUCUGCCAACAAUUACAACUUCCCGCCAGUGCAGCAACAAAUGUGCUCUCCAGGAUAUGUGACAUACAAGUCACCCCCCUAUGCCUCAUCUCCUGGAUAUCAGGACAAUUGCCUGCCUGAUCAGACUGACACUGGGUACAUCAUGGACUCGCCAUUGUACCAGCCAAAUAUGUCUCCUGCAAGCUCAGCCCAUGAAACUUAUCUGCCAAGCCCCAUGUCGAGUGGCGGUUAUUAUCAGAAUGAGAUCAGUGGAGCAUCUCCGAGUCAUGGCAUGAAUCAGAAUUGUUAUGAAUUUCCUGAUACCCCAAAUUCUCUACGGGAUGAUAGUGAGGCUGUGCAAAUGCCACCCUCAGCUACAAGACAGGCUUCUGACUAUGGCCAAGUUUUGGAAAAUCAGACCUUUGUGUCUGAGCCUAGGAAGGAAGUGGAUAUUGGAAGCAUUUUAGCGGCUAUCUAUAGAGUAGAGAACAAGCCACAGUCAUCACCCAUUCCAGUGGAGGAUUUAGUUGAAAUCAUUAAGAACCUGCGGUCAUGUGAACUUGCAGGCAUGCCAAACUUCAGCAACUUUGGAGAUGACCUUGAAGAAAUACUGGAAGUGGCUCCCCAUCUUCACAAUGUAGAGGAUAUCAUCAAGUAUUAUCAAAAUUUGUUUGCAUUAAGCUCAGCAGAAAGGGAGAUCAAGGAGCACUUGGACCAGAACAAAUUAAGAGAUGCUCGCAUGAAAGUGGCAACUAUUACCAAUGAAGAUUUAGUACUGAAAGAUGUAGAAGGCGACACUCCUCCCAUGAUUAUUGCAUGUGAUGAUAUCAGAAGUCUGUCAUACUAUGAAAACCUGGUUGCAGUCACAGAACGGCAGAAGUAUAUUAACAUCUGUUGUGAUGUGCCAGUCAAUAAGGUGCACAGGAGGUGCUCUUCUUGCUUGUCAAAUGAUCUCACUUCAUUCUACUCAUCACUGGCAAUGAAGAACAAUAGUGGAGACACACUACUUACAUGUGUCAUCAAGCUGAAGUAUCCAGAGAAAGUGGUCAAGUAUAUCUGUGAGAACUUGAUGGCUCGCUCAGCUGAUAUCCAGCGGGUUUUUGAUUGUGAAAGUGUAUCAUCAUUUUAUGUGAGGCAUACAGAAAAAUAUCCUGUCUUAAAACA